AUGUCUCUUUGGGCAAACAAACAAACUAAUGAAUAUGAAAUGAGAGAAGUUGUUGACUUAGAUUCUUAUAUUGCACAAGUAGACGGUCGAAAUAGUUUAAAUAUACUCGAUACCACUAGUGACGACAACGGCAGUGAUAGCACAAUGAGUAUAGACGAAGACUAUAAAUACAACUAUGAGCAGAGAAAUUUUGAAGGAGACGAAGCAGAGCAAAGUUUAGUCAACAAUAACGAGAACAGCAGUAAUGAUAUAGAAAGAGGUGAAGUGCAUAAAGACAUACUGAACAAGCAAAAGAAAGCAAGUAAGAAAUGGAUUUGCGUGGGGUUUCUGAUAUUUCUCUUACUGUUAUGGCUCAUAUGGACUAUUGGAUUGAGUCAGAUUAGUUCAGAAAGCAUUGACCAGCAAUCAAAUAAAGCAAAGCAUAUAGACUUUUCUGACUUGUAUAAUGGAUCGUUCUUCCCUAAACUAGCAGACUUGAAAUGGGCCCACCAUGAUUCAAAGGAUGGUUUACAUACAUACAUAGAACCAUUAACAGGCAGUAUAAUCAUGGAAUCAAUUGAAAAUGAUAAUCAGCAGAUACUUGUUGAUGGAUCAAGACUAAAAGUUAACAAUAAUCCAAUAACCUAUUAUUCCUAUGAGAUAUCCAAUGAUAACCAAUAUGUACUAUUCACAACGAAUUUGACAAAACAAUGGAGAUACUCGACACUUUCAAACGUUUACAUAUUUGAUGUAGCAAGACAGUCAUUAUUACCAUUAAACAACAUGUCUACUAUCCAUUCAACACCCGCCAUAUCCCAAUCGCUUUGGAGCCCCUCAGGACAUCAGCUCGCUUAUGUUAUGAACAAUGACCUCUAUGUGACAAAUCUAGUGAAUCAUACUAGAAUUACACAUGAUGGAUCAAGUACAAUACUUAAUGGUGUUCUUGAUUGGGUUUAUGAAGAGGAAAUAUUUGAUAGUAAUCUUGCUAUGUGGUGGUCUCCUGAUUCGACGCAUAUUGCUUAUUUAAGAUCAAAUGAAACGAAUGUGCAUGAUAUCCGUUUACAGCAUUAUACUCAAGAAAACAGCAUUUAUCCUGAAGAAACAGUGGUCAAAUAUCCAAAGCCUGGUGCUCCUAAUCCACAGGUUUCUCUUCAUGUUCAUUCUUUAUUAUCCAAUACAUCUGUAGUCCUCACUAGCAACUCUGCUAUGAAUAUUACGGCAAAUAUAACAUUAAACUUUAAAGAGUUUAAUGAAACAGACAGAAUAAUCACGGAUGUCCUUUGGGCAACUAACUCUAGUACACAUCUGUUAUUUAAGCAAACAAACCGUGUUCAGGAUGUUGAAUUGACUUCACUAGUUACUUUCAACAAGAAUGGGACAGUAAUAGAAAACGUACGAACUUAUAAGCCAGCGGAUGAUGGAUGGAUUGAAUCUUCUCAGUCGAUGAUAUACCUAUCCACAAGCUAUAAUAAAGAGGGUUAUCCUCUUAUAUCCUAUAUAGACCUAGUCGACAAUGGAAAAGGGUUUAUGCACCUUGCUGUCAUUAGAAUAGGAACCAAAAAGAGCAAACAUACAACGUGGCUGACAGUAGGCAAAUACGAAGUAAUACCAAGAACAACUGCCAUAGAUCGCAAAAGAAACUUUUUGCAUUACAUCUCCACCGAACAAUCACAUCUGGAACGUCAUCUGUAUAGAAUAAACCUGAACAGUACAAGCCCAAGCUCUACAAAGAUGUGCUUAACUUGUUCUGAUGAUCCUACGCAACAUGCAUACUAUUCAGCUUCAUUCUCAUCCCUCAAUGGAUACUAUGUAUUGGAUUAUAUGGGACCAGAUGUACCAACCUCCGUUGUUAAAAGUGUCGAUAACCCUAAAUUUGAAAAGGUACUGCAGGACAACAGCGCCUUCAAAGAGCUGAUAAGCAACUACGAGCUUCCCAAGACGCGCAUGGUGACUGUUAAGAGUGGAGGAGUUAAUAUGGAUGCGAGGGAACUGUUGCCACCUGACUUUGAUGCGACAAAAAAAUACCCAGUUCUAUUUCAAGUUUAUGGUGGCCCAGGAUCUCAAACUGCUGCGUAUACCUUUGAACUCAACUGGAGCACAUUUUUGGCAAGCAAGCUAGGCUAUAUUGUGGUGAAUGUUGAUGGAAGAGGAACAGGGUUUAAAGGAAGAAAAUAUAGAGUAGGUGUAAGGGGUAGAUUGGGAGAGCUUGAAACAAUUGAUCAAAUUAACGCAGCAAAACACUGGGCAUCGCUUGAAUACGUGGAUCCCGCGCGCAUUGCUAUUUGGGGUUGGUCUUAUGGAGGUUAUCUGACAUCUAAAGUUAUUGAAGCAAAUAGUGGAUUGUUUAUUGCUGGAAUGGCAGUUGCGCCAGUUACUGAUUGGCGGUAUUAUGAUUCUAUCUAUACCGAACGGUAUAUGUUGACGCCUCAAAUGAACCCUGAUGGAUAUAACAAAAGUGCAGUGAAUAAUAUGGAAGGAUUCAAUAAUGCGAAAUUCUUUUUGGUACAUGGCACGGCUGAUGAUAAUGUUCACUUUCAGAAUAGCGCUGUUUUGGUCAAUAAGCUAAUACAAGCAAAUGUUCACAAUUAUCAAGUUCAGUAUUUUCCGGAUAGUGAUCAUAAUAUAGACCAUGGAAAUGCCAAUCAAAACCUUUAUUAUUUACUCACUAACUUUCUCUGGGAAAGCUUUGGAGGAAAAGAAUAUCUUCAUGUUCGAAAAGAGCUGAAUGGCCACUUCUCUGGACCAUUAACAUCUUCUGAGCAUUAA